GGGCUAGCAGAGAAGGCGGAAGUAGGGCGUCCGCGGCUGGGGUUCGGGCUCCGGGCGGCCCGGGGACGCGGUAGCGGCGGCCUUCGGGCCGGGAGGUGGGCAUCCGGGCCGCCUCGGCUCGGAGCGCGGUGCCUGUCCUCUCCUGAUUCCUUGGCUGAGCGGAGUCGUGUGGUUGGGUGGAAUCGGCGGCCCAGAGGACGAGAGCGAGCAGUUGAUAAUCUCGUUACUAUGAGUCUGUUAAACUGUGAAGACAGCUGUGUGUCCAGCCAGUCUGAAAGUGACUGCUGCGCCGCCAUGGCCAGCUCCUGCAGUGCCGCAGCCAAAGAUGACAGCGGGAGUGGAACUACCAGCACAGGGACUCUCUCCAGCUCUUUUAUGGAAGAGAUCCAAGGCUACGACGUGGAGUUCGACCCACCCCUGGAAAGCAAGUACGAAUGCCCCAUCUGCCUGAUGGCAUUACGGGAAGCAGUGCAAACACCAUGUGGCCACAGGUUCUGCAAAGCCUGCAUCAUCAAAUCAAUAAGGGAUGCAGGUCACAAAUGUCCAGUUGAUAAUGAAAUACUCCUGGAAACUCAACUGUUUCCUGACAAUUUUGCAAAACGAGAGAUUCUUUCUCUGAUGGUGAAGUGCCCAAAUAAAGGUUGUUUGCACAAGAUGGAACUGAGACAUCUUGAGGAUCAUCAAGCACAUUGUGAGUUUGCUCUUGUGAAUUGUCCCCAAUGCCAGCGUCCCUUCCAAAAGUGCCAUCUUAAUAUUCACAUCCUCAAGGAGUGUCCAAGGAGACAGGUUUCUUGUAUAAACUGUGCUAUGUCUAUGGCAUUUGAAGAUAAAGAGGUCCAUGACCAGAGCUGUCCUUUGGCAAAUGUCAUCUGUGAAUACUGCAAUACCAUACUCAUCAGAGAACAGAUGCCUAAUCAUUUUGAUCUGGACUGUCCUACAGCCCCAAUUCCAUGCACAUUCAGUACUUUUGGUUGCCAUGAAAAGAUGCAGAGGAUUCAUUUGGCACGCCACCUACAAGAGAAUACUCAGUCACACAUGAGAAUGUUGGCCCAGGCUGUUCAAAGCUUAAACCUUGCUGUGGCUCCCAGGCCUCAACGUGACAUGCUGCCAUAUGAUUCUUCCUCUCUGCCCCGGAUCUCCUCUGGUUGUCAUGCAGAGGUGCAGAAUUUCCAAGAAACCAUUCAACAAUUAGAGAGUCGUCUCGUAAGACAAGACCAUCAAAUCCGGGAGCUGACUGCAAAAAUGGAAACUCAGAGCAUGUACGUAGGUGAUCUCAAACGAACUAUUCGAACCCUUGAAGACAAAGUUGCUGAAAUAGAAGCACAGCAGUGCAAUGGGAUUUACAUCUGGAAGAUUGGUAACUUUGGGAUGCACUUGAAAUCUCAAGAAGAGGAGAAACCUGUUGUCAUUCAUAGCCCUGGAUUCUACACCGGCAAACCUGGGUACAAACUCUGCAUGCGCCUGCACCUUCAGUUACCGACUGCUCAGCGCUGUGCAAACUAUAUAUCCCUCUUUGUCCACACAAUGCAAGGAGAGUACGACAGCCACCUCCCUUGGCCCUUCCAGGGUACUAUACGUCUUACAAUUCUUGAUCAGUCUGAGGCAGCUGUAAGGCAGAAUCAUGAGGAGAUAAUGGAUGCCAAACCAGAGCUGCUUGCCUUCCAGAGACCCACAAUCCCACGGAACCCAAAAGGAUUUGGCUAUGUGACUUUUAUGCAUCUGGAAGCCCUAAGACAAAGAACAUUCAUUAAGGAUGACACUUUAUUAGUACGCUGUGAGGUCACCACUCGUUUUGACAUGGGCAGUCUUCGAAGGGAGGGCUUUCAGCCACGGAGUACUGAUGCGGGGGUAUAGCAUCCCCUCGUUUGUCUUUUAUUUUUUUCUAAAACCUGUCUGGAGAAAGCAGUGCCUUUCCUUGCUCUGUGCUUAAUAAUAAUAUGUAAGCAAAAAAACAGUGAGAAAGAUGGAAUACCCAGCAGGGAAUGUGGUAAGACAGGUCACUUGUCACUUGCCCUUUUUUUCUGUCAUAAAUACCUACAGCAGUUUUUCCUUGACAAUCUACAUGUUCCAUGCUUUUUCAAGAUUGUUACAACCGAAGUGCCUGUGGCAUACUGCAGCAGCUAUUUGUCAAUUAGUAUACCUCUUUGUUUUGCCUUCGUGGGCUUUUGCUACAGAAUGUUCUACUGCCAGAAGCCCAGGAUUGGAGUAAUAGAGCUCAAACCUUUUAAUAAUAAUGAAUGUUCCUUAAAACUUUAGCUUAUUUUUAUAAUAUAUGUGUAAUAUAUUAAAGUUGAGAAUCACUACGGCCUUGUGCUGGUGGCCAGCAAGAAGAGUUAACCACUAUAAAGUUGAGUUCUCAUUUGACCUCCAGUAGAUUUCAGAGGAUUUGAACCUUAAUCCUCGGAAAGCUUAAGUUCUCAUUCACCCUGUGUCCCUCCCCCACUUCCCCACCCCAGGGUGUUACUAAGGGUACUCAGGGACUAGUUUAAAUAUAACCUUAUUCAGUGUGCACAUGCUGUCUGUUGAACAAUUCUUGUGGCAGUGUUUCAUUCUACCUUGCUUACUAUUUCUUUGAGGCUAAGAAGCAUCUUCAACCUUUAGGACUAUAGGCAAUCAUGUGGGUACCAGCUGCUCAGUGUUACCCUAUUGUAUAAAUUCCUUUUUGUCUAUUCAGUGCAGAGUGUAUUCCACAGCCCAGGUUAUGUUCCCUGAUGCCUAAUACUUGUAGGACAAGGAGAUGCACGUAUAUAAUUACCAACAUAAAAAGUAAAAAGGGCUCAAAACUAGUUCUCUUAAUAUGACUUCUCAUGGGUGAUAACAAAAGCUAUUUGAGCCAGAAAUUGUCAGCUCUUUGGAACACCCUCUGAUUUCAUUUAGUUAAGUGGAGCAAAAUUGAUUUUCUAAAAGCAAAAUUUUGUAAUACCCUAGGAGAUCCUUGAUGAUACCUGAGCAGUCCCAGACUAGGAUUGCAAGUCAUAGCGGUUAUAUCAGGACUUAGCUUGAACAGUUGCUCUGGUUCAACAGCUCAUGCCUGAGGGAGAUCAUGUGGAAUUUACUGAAGUGACUAAAUGUUCCUAAUAGGGAGAGAUGAUUUCUGUGCCAUUGUAUAUUUGUUAAAGGCCUGUAGGUAUUAAAUAUUACCUAGGCGAAAUCUAGUUCUCAGGGUGGCCCCCACUAGCAUGGGCUCUUAUCAAGAAUCUAAGGGCUUCGGUAACCUUGCCGCGGUGUGGUUCGAGGCUCUGCCAGGGAUCACCAUCAUGGGCACGUACUUACUCAUCCCCCGAGUUGCCACUGGGCACAUCUGCAGGUUCACUGAGGGCCAAGGGUAAAAAGGUUGCCUGUUCACAGCAAUGGACUUAGAUGGAAAGAGGGAUGGAAAGAGAUUGGCUUGUCUCGAGUUAAUUGUUACUAUACGUCAAAGGGUUUAGAAAACAAUGAUUAAGGAAGCAUUUUUCUGAUUGGUGAAAAAUGCUCAUCUACCCCUGCUAGAAGGUUAUGUAGUGUGCUAUGUACCGUGGUAUGUAGCAUGCAGUGUAUUAUGUAGUGGGUAAUAAACAUUUUUUUAAAAAAAAUAACCUAAGAUGACCCAUACACUAUGCUGUUAAUACAAGGUUGUGUAAAGUUGUGUGGUCAUGAGAGAUGGUACUGUGUCUCCAGGGAAGCCAGAUCAUAGCCCCCUGACCAAUGUCAAAGGUCAGCCUUGGAAAAAGCUAAAUACCAUGUGAUUUCACUCACAUAUGGGACAUAAAACUUGAAACUCACAGACACAGACAGCGGCAUGGCGGAUACCAGAGGAAACGGGGGACUGAGCGGGGAGUUAAGGGCUCAAUUACAUAAUGACGGAAGCCAGUUUGACUGCGGGAGGGGGCACACAGUGCAAUCCACAGAUCGCGUAUCACAGAAAUACGCGCUCGGAAACGAUGUAACUAGUAACUCAUGUCACCCUGAUAAAUAUAAUUAAUAAAACUUUUUUAGAAAGGAAAAAUCAGCCUUAAUUUUAAGAGGAAGCCAAGAGACUUUGUGGAAAAGACUGGUUUCAGUUCCAGGCAGACCCAGCCUGGAAAGGUCACUUUGACCUUUCCCUUUACUUAUCUCUCUCCCCUCACUCCUCAGCCCACGCUUAGGUUCCUGCUCCGGUGGGUUUCUGUUUGAAGUGAAAAGGUCGUGCAGUCUCCUACUACCACCCGACGGACUAGCCGGCAGUUUCUGUCCCUUGGCUGCCAUGCUUCCCAGCCAGCUCCUGAGAAUCGUCGAGCCAGCUCUGCUGCGGCUCCCAUGGUUGCGUGUCAGUGAAGAAGGAGCCGUUGAGCCAGCUCCAUUUACAAAGUGAGCGGUAGCUAUUUUUGUUACCUAGAAGAAAGCCGGAAGGACAUCUACUAUUUUUGAUGACUUUUCUUUGUUCUUGUAUGUGAUACAUUUCCUAUUUUUAAAAAGUGUACUUUUAUCAGAGAAAAAAAUUAAGUGUUGCCACAAAACAUUCAACCCCAUCAAAAAAGGAAAUGAUAUUUAAAAGCUUCCUGGUCUGGUUAAAUUUCUAAUUAAAAGCAUGGCUGUGUAUUAGAUACUGAGGAGUCAUUUCCUGCUUGGGUUUUUUUGUCUUGUUUUGUUUUUUUCCCUACUCAGGAAUCUUAAUCCAAAUAAACAGUUUUUUGUCUAGCUCCAGGUUUCCUAUUUGUAAAAUAAGGAGUUAGAUUAGACGUUUCCAAGGUCUACUCCAACCAUACAAUUCCGUUUCAAGAAAUUUAAGUUCUAACUAGCUGCCUGUGGACGACACUUCCAAAAGGAUUUUGCCAGUAGAAAAUUGCUUUAGCUUAUUUUUUGCUGACAUAAUACUUUACUUCAAUUUCGUGUGUGCCGUCUGGGUCUCAUCUUAAUAAGCAAUUUUUUUAACCCUCAACAUUUGGCACUUUGUCAUAAACCAGCCACUUAUUUCAUACCAGUCAUGCAUUGUGAAUAUAGGAUAAAAGUAAUGGCUGGACUGUCAUUCCAAAUAGAAACAUUUGUUAAGACUUCCACUCAGAAUCAAGUCUUUCCUGGAAAGCUGGUCUGUUUUUCAAAUCUGCCCCACCCUCUGAAAUACGCUAGUUUCACUCAGUUGCCCUACAAGUAUUUGGGCCAUGUAUUUAUACUUUAUCAACCUUUUAACAUAUUUAUCGUUUGACAUCAUUCUCGGACAUGGCUAAAUUGAAAAUAAAUUGUUUCCUCAUUUCCCAGACACUUCCGACCCAAUGGUGAUGAAACGUGCCUCAGGGCACACAUUUUUCUGUUAGAAAACAAGUCAGGAUGUCAAUUUGUAGCUUUCUACUAGGCUCUGGCUGUUGCAGCAAUGAGUUACUGGCUCCUAUAAUACAGCGAUUUUCAACGUUGUGCCACAGAAUUUUUAAAACAUGUGACACCUGACUAUUUAGUCAAGGGCACUGACCUCUUUUCCCUGAGAUUGUCAAAUAAAAAAUGACAAGAGCCAGCACAAUAGCCGUCCAGGGUGAACGAAUUGAAAUUACAUCUAUUUUUUUGGUCAGAUCAGCAUUAAAAAAUACAGUUUUUGGUGUGCCGCAGAACUUUAGUAAUUAGCUUAUGUGUGCCAUGAGAUGGAAAAGGUUGAAAAAUCACUGCUAUAAUACAAUGCAAUUUUUAUUUUGGGGAAUAAGAAGAGAAAGAAGUAAAAUAGAAGAGAAAAAAAACUGAAAUACAAUGAAAGGUGAGAUUUUCCCUUAAUGAUGGACUCAUGUGGAGAUGCUGGAUGAUCUCUAGCAAUUAGUUUUGUGGUAGGUAUAAAAUUAUAAAAUUGUCCUCUGUUACCUGUGUAUGCCAGUAGGCCUUAGAUAAACUAAGCGUAUUUGUGAAUUACGCACUCAAUUAGGGUACAUUCUCAGGGGGGAGCAGUUGCUCACUGUUCCUUUAUCCAGAGAACCCGCCAAUCCCUGAUGACCAGAACAUUUUUGACUAUUUGAGAUUUUCCUAACUUAAGACUUUGAAGCACUUUUCCUUUAUACAGUUACUGCUGCUCUUUUCUUGCCUUGCCUGAAACUCUACUCAUUGUUUUCUAUAAAAUAUCAUUGGGUGUUUUUGUGAUGCCUGCUUCCUAAGCAGUGCAAUGCCUUCAGGAAAUGAAAAAGGGAAAAUAGUCAUUUGUAUAUUUCUUUUGAAAUACAUUUUUUUUUUAACAUCCUCGGGUUCACAUCAUGAGUUGUAGUUACUUUCACAGUUGCUGUUCUUGCAUCUAUAGAACGGACUUGGCACUUCCAAAUUCCCGGUAUCCGGAGAGAUGAUCUGAUGAAAUUAAAUGAGAUGGGUGUCUGCAGAUUGUAACACUGAAUUACAGCUUUUGUGGUUAGUGGACCACAAAUGCUUGCAAGGAGAUGCCUAGUUGUUUUUGCUAAAUGUCACCUAGGCCUUUAAUGUUUUAAAGCUUUUUGCUCCCUGAAAAUCUGGGUGUUGUUAUAAAAUUAUAAAAUACUGAACAGUAGCUCUAGAGGGGGAAAACGCGGAAUGAGGAGACGGGUGCUCUCCCCCUCCCAGAGGGCUCCCUCAGUGGCCGGGCCUUGAGGACGCGCAGGACAGAAGGUGUUCUCUGCUCUCAGACUUGCAGCUCUGCGUGCAGGGGCAGUUUGGCUCCCAGGACAUCACCGACGCACAGCUGAGGUGCCUCUUCCGAGCCAUCACCUCGGAAAAGAAGGACCUCUCCUUACAGCGUUCUUGCCUGUGCUGACCACUUGCAUUUAUCCCAAGAUUCUUCCAGGUAGACUUUUGGUAGAAGCUUAAGUGCCCGUGGAAAGAAGGGCACAUGGAGCCAUGUAUUCCACGAAGUAAGUGCCACCAGUGGUCCUAGAAGUCCCUAAGAACGGUUUUCUACGGCAGGCCUCAGGAGAAUGCGGGGAUAAAUGAUGAAUGAAACACCGAGGGCCAGAGACGCUGUUCACUGCUGAAACCCUGUACUUAGCGCAGUGCCUGGCAUGCAGUGCACACUCAAAUAUUUAAUGGCGAACAUUUGGUGAAAAUACUGGUUAAAGCUGACCAGUUCCUGAUAGUGUAUCAUGUAAGUUUUAGAUCCUAAGGCAUAGAUGUUACCAUUUUUGCUUUUUUCCCCUAGCCCUUUACUAUGAAAUUUUUCAAAUGUACAAAAAUGUUGAAAGAACUGUGCAGUGAAGGUCCAUCACCUAGCAUCUACAAAUAACGUUUUGUUACAUUUGUCUCAUCACCUAACAGAUGUUACUUUUACCGCAUCUACUUGCAGCUUGGUAUUUCUUUUAAAUAAAAAGCUCAUGGCUAAAGGGAUUAAACAGUUUUAAUGGAGCUGCCUUACGCUCUUUGGGGAAACCUGUGAUAAAUGUGUAUAAGUACAAUUGUAGUCCACACAUCAAGCUAGUUUUAAACCUGUAAAUCUGUUAUGCUGAAUUUUUGUCUUAUUUUGCCUGAAAGGAUGUUUUUUAUAAUGGAUUUAUCUGAAAGUCAUGAUCAAUUGUGCACAAUAGUCUAAUGUUUUUUUCAUGCUUGAUAAACUAUCCAAUUUCUCUGGUGAGAAUGUAUUUGUUCUCCAUUUUGCUUAUACAAGGUUCCAGGAUUGUUCCCAGAGGACUGCAAAGGCAAUGUAAUUUAGCAUAUAAACCAUUAAAUUAGGAGCUAAGAUUUAGAUUUUGCUCCUGACUGAACACAGGCAAAUCAGUUCUUUUUUGUCUUUGUGUCCAUUUACCUGUAAAGUAGGGACUAAAAUUUGAAGUUUAGAUUCAAGUCAAGUAAUGGGUAACACUAAUGUGUGGAUCUAGUAAGAAAGACACUUAAGGAAUCCAGGCAGCCUCUUACAAUUUUAUAACUGUGACAAGCUAUGGUAUGAAAUCUGAUUUUUAAAAAAUUGA